GAGCGCCGAGCCCAGAGCGCGUGGCCCGCGGGCGGGCGGGACAGAGGCAGGGGCGGAACGGACGAGCCGGGGGCCGCGCUGCUGCGGGGCCGCUUUGCGGGUGGGACCAGGUGGUCUCCCGGGCAGCGGGGGCAGCGGGGGCAGCGCCAUGGCCGGGCGGCGAGUGAACGUGAACGUGGGCGUGCUGGGCCACAUCGACAGCGGCAAGACGGCGCUGGCCCGGGCGCUGAGCACCACGGCGUCCACGGCCGCUUUCGACAAGCAGCCGCAGAGCCGCGAGCGCGGCAUCACGCUGGACUUGGGCUUCUCGUGCUUCUCGGUGCCGCUGCCGGCGCGCCUGCGGCCAGGGCCUGAGGCCGGGGCCGGCGCCGGGGCCGGGCAGCUGCAGUUCACGCUGGUGGACUGCCCCGGGCACGCCUCCCUCAUCCGCACUAUCAUCGGCGGAGCCCAGAUCAUUGAUCUGAUGAUGCUAGUUAUUGAUGUGACCAAAGGGAUGCAGACUCAGUCAGCAGAAUGCUUGGUGAUUGGGCAAAUUGCUUGUCAGAAGCUGAUUGUGGUACUGAACAAGAUAGACCUCCUAGCAGAAGAGAAGAGACAGGCUGCCAUUGACAAGAUGACCAAGAAAAUGCAGAAGACUCUAGAGAACACAAAGUUCCGGGGUUCACCCAUUAUCCCUGUUGCAGCCAAGCCUGGUGGACCAGAGGCCCCAGAAACUGAGACUCCACAGGGCAUUUCAGAAUUAAUUGAGCUCCUGAAGUCACAGGCUUCCAUCCCAACCAGAGACCCUUCAGGAUCUUUCCUCAUGGCUGUGGACCACUGUUUCUCCAUUAAAGGUCAAGGCACAGUGAUGACAGGGACAAUCCUUUCAGGUUCAGUCAACCUUGGUGACAGUGUGGAGAUUCCUGCCCUGAAGGUAGUGAAGAAAGUGAAAUCCAUGCAGAUGUUCCACACUCCGGUCACCUCAGCCAUGCAAGGAGAUAGAUUGGGCAUCUGUGUGACCCAGUUUGACCCCAAGUUGCUAGAACGGGGGCUAGCGUGCACACCAGAAUCUCUCCAUACCAUCCAUGCUGCAAUUGUUUCUGUUAAGAAGAUUCCUUAUUUUCGAGGUGCUCUUCAGACGAAGGCAAAAUUUCAUAUAACAGUUGGUCAUGAAACAGUGAUGGGAAGGGUGAUGUUUUUCAGCCCAGCUCCUGAUCAGUUUGAUUGUGAGCCCCUAGAAGAGACCUUUGACUUUGGAAAGGAAUACCUAUAUCAAGAGCAGUAUUUGUCCAAGGAUUCCACCACUGCAGAGGAGGACAAGAAGAGUGACCAACCUGUAGAGAAGUGGCCAAAACAGCAGUGGGCUCUCCUGGAAUUCGAGAAGCCUGUCACCUGCCCAAAAUUGUGUCUUGUGAUUGGCUCUAAACUUGAUACUGAUAUACACGCCAAUACUUGCCGACUAGCUUUCCAUGGCAAAAUGCUUCAAGGGCUAGAAGAUAAGAACUAUACUGAGACUUUCCUGCCCAAGCUGAAGGUGUAUAAACUGAAGCACAAGGAAGGACUUGUGGAGCGGGUGAUUGACGAUUGUAGUGUGAUUGGUCGGUCCUUGUUCAAGAAGGAGACUAACAUCCAGAUCUUUGUGGGGCUAAAGGUCCACCUGUCGUCGGGGGAGAGCGGAAUCAUUGAAAGCGGCUUUGGCCAAAGUGGAAAGUUCAAGAUCCGGAUUCCUGAUGGACUUAACCCUGACACCAAGAAGCUUCUAACAACUACUACCACCAAGAAGAGGGCUAAGGCGGGAAAAGGAGAUGUGACCAGGGAAGAUGAAGGGUGUAGCAAAGGCGACCCCGCCCAGCAUAUCUCCAUCAGCCUCUCCUUCAAGAGAUAUGUGUUUGAUGCCCAGAAGAGAAUGGUUCAGUCUCCUUGAAGUAGUCCUGCCCACUGGGCUGGGCCCUUCAGCCAAAGAAUCUCAGGUUAUGGGGAUUGGGGCCCUUGCUUGGAUGCACCUAACUGUGCCUAACUAGGCUGAUCAAAUGGGAUUCCCUCAAAGCUUCUGAAUUGCUUCCCUCUCCACGUGGACACUCCCCCUCCUAGGCUGAGCUGCCUAAAGGUCCAUGGGCUAAAGAUUUCAUCCCAGCUCAGGCUUCCAGCUAAUUUGUCAGCUGGCCUUCUGACUGAGGCUGAGGUUCACAAGGGGUGAGAGGAGGAAGGGAUAGUUGUCUUUUCUAGUGUGAACAGAAAUCCAUUUGUAAUCGUUUUAUAACUUCCCAUGUAAACCUUUCCCAGAACACCAUUUUUUGAGCCCAGGGGAACAGCCAACCAGAUGAGAAAGGAAGAGGAGAAAGAGAGGGCACCAAGAAGAAGUCGAAAAUAAGUCAGACUCUUUGUAAAUUUCUUUCAUUUUUCACAAUUUAAAGGUUUUAUUAGGGAUCUAGGGAGUACCUUGUUUGGGGGAGUGUCUGUCCCUUAUGUGUGGUUAAGCCAUAAGAAAUCUCUCCCAAGAGGCACCAAGUUUAGGCACUGGUAAUGGGCAGCAUGAAUCAGGCCCAAAUCUUCCUAGUUGGCUGCAUUAUUCCUGAAUACCACAGUCUGGGAAAACCACCUCUGGGCCGUUGUUCCUGAAAUGCGCCUGCCCCCAGGUUCAUGAACAGAAUGGGGAAGGUGGACGAGAAGCUGAUCUCUGAGGUCUAGCUCUGACUCCUGUGAUUUCUGGUUGUGAAUAAAUCUUCAGUGUCCAGGCCCUC